AUAAUUAUAAUUUGAAUCGAAUCUGUCGGCAGAGUGAAGCGCACAGCAUGGCAUUGACAAUGGUGGAGAUCCCAGAGCAAAAGCUUUACGACGGAAAUCGAUUCCCGGCAGUUAUAUCUCCGACUCCGACUCCAGCAGCAGCUGCUACUCCUGGUCUCACAGAAACCAUCCAAGCGAACAAACAGUAUAUACAGGAUCAGCUCCGAAAAUCCGGGGCCGUAUUCUUCAGGGGGUUUCCUGUAAAUACAGCCUCAGACUUCAACGACGCCGUGGAGGCCUUCGGCUACGAAGAGAAUCCUUAUGUUGGAACUGCUCCUCGGACCAAGAUCGUGGGUCGGGUUUUUACCGCCAACGAGGCCCCACCCGAUGUCAAAAUUCCGUUUCACCACGAAAUGGCUCUGUAUCCAGAGUACCCAUCCAAACUGUUAUUCUUUUGUGAAGUAGAGCCUGUAAGUGGGGGUGAAACUCCCAUUGUUCUAAGCCACAUUGUGUACGAGAGGAUGAAAAACAAACACCCGCAAUUUGUUCAAAAAUUGGAGGACCAUGGAUUGAUAUAUACCAAGAUUAUAGGCCAAGACGACGACCCUUCUUCUGCGAUAGGCCGUGGCUGGAAGACCACAUUUGCGACCGAAGAUAAGAACAUGGUUGAACAAAGGGUUUCUAAGGAGGGGUUUAGGUUGGAAUGGUUGGAGGAUGGAGGAGUGAAAACAAUCAAGGGACCGAUCCUGGGCAUCAAAUGUGACAGCAGCACAGGGCAGCGCAAGACUUGGUUUAACAGCAUCGUGAUAGCAUAUACAGAGUGGAAAGGAGAUGCAAGAAAUGAACCUGAGAAGGCUGUCACAUUCGGGGAUGGCAGCCCGUUGGCAGCAGAUAUCAUCUACGACUGUCAGAAAAUUCUUGAAGUUGAAAGUGUGGCCAUCCCUUGGCGCAAAGGUGAUGUUUUGCUGCUGGAUAAUUUGGCCGUUCUUCACUCCCGGAAUCCAUGUGCUACACCUCGCAGAGUCCUUGCCGCCCUCUGCAAGUAGACUAGCUAACCAGCUGUAUCAAACAACUUAUCAUAUGUGUCUUCGUAUGUAUCUGUAUAAUAGUAUGUCAUGCUUACAAAAUUUGUGAAAUAAAAAGCAAGAGUUGAGUUGUUGUGUUAGAACUUGGACUUGUUUGGUUGCCAAGAAAAAGACAGAAGUAAGAAGAAUCCUAUAUGCUUGCUUUGUGUA